AUGGUGCAUGGUGAGGAGCACCCUGGUACUCUCCAGAACAUCGGCAACCUGGCGACAAUUAUUGCGCACCAGGGCAAGUCGAAGGAAGCUGCUGAUACGCUCAUGAAGGUAGCAGAGUUAGAGAAAAGGGUGCUAGGAUCGGAGCAUACAAGUACGCUGCGAAACACCCACAAUAUAGCGAUCACGCUUUGGGGACAAGGCCAGUUGAAAGAAGCUCAGGACAUACUCAUAAAGAUAGUAGAGGGCAGAUUGGAAGAUGCCGUCGAGUUGUUACGAGAUUACACACACAGAUCUGAAAAGGUGUUUGGAAUUGAAAACAUUCAUACAAAAUCAGCUCUGUCAAAACUCCCUCAAUGGCGGGUACAGAGACAGAAAUACUAG